UAUGAUAGAUAAUCCGUUAACGGGAGAAAAAGUAACACCAGAAGAGGCGCUCAAGAUGGGAAUUAUUACUAAGUCAGUUUAUGAUAAUUUAGAGUCAACUCCUAGUCCAGUAACACAAAUUACCUCAAUCAAAAAGUCAUGAUCACUGAUGAAACAACAGGAAAAACACUGCCUGCUGAAGAAGCAUUGCAACAGCAAUUAAUCACGCCUGAGCAAUAUGCACAGUACAUGGAUGAGUCAAGCAAAACACAACAAAAGAUUUACAUUAAAGAUCCGCAGACAGGAGAAAAACUUCCAAUCGAGGAAGCUUUGAAUCGCGGUUUAAUUACACCUAAACAUUAUGAGCAAUUAAUAACGCCCGAGUAUGAAAACAUGUCGGAAGGUGAUAAAACAAGAGCGCGUAUUACGGUCGAACCAAAAUUCCAGGUGAUGAUUGGUAAAGCUACUCUCUCACCAGAGAAAGAACCUCAAAGGGUAACAUUGCAAAAGUUGCGGAAAGUUGUUGUUAAUCCAAAGCAAGCUGUGGAGAAAGGUUUGAUGGAUCAGGAUACUGCAAAUUUAUUAGAUAACACCGGAAUUUUCAAAUCAAAUGAUGGCGGGUUUCUAAAUUUACAAGAAGCACUUCAAGCGAACAAACUUGAUGGUCAACAAGGAAAAAUUAUUGAUUCACAACGCGGUGAUGUUUUAACAAUAAACCAAGCUAUAACUCGCGGUAUUUUAGAUCCUACCGGUACGAACGACAUUUUGAUUCCGUUGAAUAAGAGUCUAUCAGUUCCGGAACUGUUCAAUCAGGCAUUAAUUGAUCCACCAACUCGAAAGGUUAUCCAUCCUGAAACAGGGGAGCACCUCACUUUGAAACAAGCAAUUUUGUGUGAUAUUGUUGAUCCAUUGAGCAAAGUAAAAGCACCAGGCGGUAAAAUCACAAUCAAUGACGCGAUUAAUAAAGGUCAUAUAGAUGAUGAGCAUUUGGCAGUAAAAACACCUAAGGGUUCAAUUGAUUUCAAAAAUGCAAUAGAUCAGAACGUUUUUGAUAAAAAUAACAAAGUUGUGAAAGAUAUGCCACCGGCUGGAUUGACAUUCCCCGUGGCUCUGAAGAGAGGUUUAAUCGAUGUAGACGCUAAAACUUUCCAUCACCCUAUUACGAACCAAAUCAUUCCUAUUGCCAAGGCAGUUGACGAUAAUUUGCUCAUGAGUUUGCCCUUCCAGCCUCAUCCGGAGGUUGUAGAACUGUCGGAUGCAUUAGAUCGGAAAUUAAUUGAUCCUGUUAAUUGUACGUUUACCCAGCCGAACAGUAAACAAGUUUUUACUGUAGACGAUGCAGUAAAGACGGGAUUAUUAGCGAUUAAGCCUCUUUCCAGCUAUGCGGACAAUCCUAUGACCCUAGUUACCGAGACACCUAUGGAAACUUCCAUUCAUAUUGUUACCACCACGUCAAUGGAAAUCUUAGCUGGCUAUUCCAUGCCUAAUGCGAGUCAAGUACAAAAUAUGCAAACUGGUGAAGUUAUCUCCCUCGAGGAAGCCAAACAACAAGGGAUUAUUGUAGACAUUAAAGAAACUCAGAAUAAGACCACUAUGCAAGGCGUGAAGAUAUCUUUUACGGAUGCAUUGCAUAGGGGUCUUGUAGAUAUGAACGCAGGUACUUAUCGCGAUCCGGUUAGUGGGCAGGUAAUGCCAGUUGGCAACGCAAUUCAAGAAGGUAUUAUUGAACCAGCACCGCCUACAGAGACUGUCUAUGAUACUGCAAAUACUAGCGAUUUGCAUAUCGACGAGGCGUUCGAUAAAAUUUACGACGCAAAAACGAACAAAUUUCAAGAUCCAAAUACGAAACAAAUGAUUACCUUUGCGGAGGCGUUGGAGACCUCUGUGAUUGAUCCAGCGGCGAUGAUCUAUGAUGUAAAUGCGCAGAAACCGGUUACGAUUGAGCAGGCUGUACAGAAGGGUUUGAUUGAUGCUCAAACAGGGCAGAUAAAGGACCCGAAAACCGGUAGUACUGUUGAUUUUAAGAAAGCCGCGAAAAUGGGCUUGAUUGCAGUCAUAGGGGUUUAGCAGCUCCGGUUAUUGCAGGCGCUGUUGCGGUUAAUGCUAUCAAGGAAAAUAUUAAUAGUAGAAAAUCUAAAACACCUGAAAAGGAAAUCACUAAGACGUCGGCGAUUGAAUUUGAUUCCAUGCCGAAAA